AUGGAGCACGAGCACGCAGAGAAUGUCCCGCUGGUCAGAGUAGUCGAGCCGCGGAAAUCACGCUUUCCUCAGCGUAUGUGCUUUUACACCGUUGCAGGGAUUAUCACAUUGACCGUAGCACAGCUGAUAUUUUUGGCUCGAACCUCGGCCGCCCGCGACUGGGACCAUUUGCACCAUUCAAGGUUUUCCAGACAACAGGUGAGACGAAUUAUCUCUCAGGAGGUUUCCACUGAGUCAAUUGCGAACUUCUCAAAAGUAUACUACGAUGGUGAACCCCAUUUGGGCGGCGACGGCCCCGAGCUGACUGCGUACACCCAAGACAAGUUUCUCCAGUUCGGUUUGGAAACCCGCUUGGAGAGUUACGAGGUGCUGCUAAACAGGCCUAUAUCUCACCGGGCGGCGCUAAUUGAUGGCGACAAAGUGGUGUAUGAGCUGUCUUUAGAGGAAGACGUCCAGGCCCAAGAUCCUUCCACCCGGCGUCCAAAUAGGAUUCCAACUUUCCACGGCUAUUCGGCUUCUGGAAACGUGACAGCCAAGUUUGUAUUUGCUAACUACGGCCAGAAAUCCGAUUUUCAGGCUUUGGAAAAGGCCGGUGUGAGCUGUGAAGGUAAAGUUGUUCUCAUGCGUUAUGGCAAGAUCUAUCGCGGUAACAAGGUUUUACAUGCACAAUCUCGAGGGGCCAAAGCAGUACUCAUUUAUUCAGACUCCAGCCUUGAUGGCGAUAUCACCACAGACAAUGGUUACAAGUAUUAUCCCGAGGGGCCGGCACGCAAUCCUUCGAUGGUUGAGAGGGGCAUGGUCUUUGACUUGACUCAGUAUCCUGGCGACCCAACUACCCCCGGAAGAGCCUCUCACCCUGGCUCAGACAGAAUUGAGCCCGAAACUUUACCCAAGAUUCCUAGUUUACCGAUCUCUUACCUGGAUGCUAAGCCCUUGCUGGACGCUCUCGAGGGCCAUGGCCCGGCUAUUUGGGAUAACAUUUCUUCUGGACCCUCAACUCUUGAGGUUCUGGUUGAAAAUGAGCAAGAUUACGAUUAUCAUACAAUCACCAAUGUAAUUGGUGAAAUCCCUGGUCUGCUUGAUGAAGAGGUCAUAGUCGGAAACCAUCGCGAUGCAUGGAUUCUCGGCGGUGCAGACCCCAAUUCAGGCACUGCAGUGGUUAUGGAAGUAGCAAGAGUGCUGGGUGAUCUAUAUCUAAGAGGUUGGAGGCCUUAUCGAAGAAUUGUGUUCGCAUCAUGGGAUGCCGAGGAGUAUGGUAUGGUUGGAUCAACUGAAUGGGUCGAGGACCAUGCACGCCGUUUAAACCGGAAGGCUCUGGCUUACCUGAACAUUGAUCUGGGCUAUUCUGGUGACCAGUUUGCUGUCAAAGCUUCUCCAUUGCUUGAAGCAGCGAUCAAAGAUGCCACCCGUUUCGUCGAUGAUCCUUACGGCCGACAUGAAACGGUUUAUGAUGAUUGGAUGGCUUCGCCUGUGGCCGGUGUCCGUCCACUAGGGUCUGGAAGCGAUUACACGGCCUUUUUCAAUCAUCUCGGUAUUCCUUCGGCUGAUUUAAGGUACCAAUUCCGAGAUGGCAAUCCCGCCUACCACUACCAUUCGAAUUACGACUCGCUUCACUGGAUGGAAAAUUACGGUGAUCCCGACUUUGAAGCCCACGCUGCCCUUUCAAAGGUUUUAGCGCUGACAGUGAUAAAUUUAGUUGGUCAUGGCGUUGUACCUAUCCGCACCCGCAGCUAUGCUGUUUUGAUGGAUAGAGUUCUUCGACAAUAUCUUUCGAACAUGGAGACUCAAGAAGUAAGAGACGUGCUUGAGACAGCUGAAUACCUUUUGGAUGCCGCCUCGUCCUACGACAACCAGCUCGAAAGGCUCAGCCGUGAAUACUUCCGUGAUUACGCUUGGUACCAUUUCAUCACCAAAUUUGCCAACAUGUGCAGGAUCAAAGUAGCCAAUUUCAAACUUGUCCGGCUGGAACGAAUUUUCCUACACAAGGACGGUAUUGAUGGCCGGCCGUGGUACAAACACAUUGUAUUUGCGCCCCAUAGGGAUGAUGGUUAUGCACCAGCGCUAUUCCCCGGGCUAAUUGAAGCAAUUGAGGAUAGCGACACGGAAAAGCUUGACAAGUGGAUUGAAAUCGUGCACAGAGCACUGAAAACCGCACUCCAUACCAUAGCAAAUUAG